CUUGUUUUCCGAUUUACGCAGUUUGGCAGGCACCACGUUAAUGAACUUGUUAGCAGCUCUAUUUAUGACACAGCUUUUAUAUGUUAUUGGCGUGGGAGGAGUACCGGAUCCGGAACUGUGUGUGGCCUUAGCCUUUUCUCUCCAUUAUAUCCGGCUAUGCGUCUUCUGCUGGAUGCUGGUAAUGACCCACCACAUGUACUCGCAGUUCCGAACGAACCUCCACCUUGUUCCGGUCACCGAUAACGCCAUAGGGAAGCGUUUCUUCAGAUAUUCUGCAUUCGCUUGGGGCAUUCCCGCAGUAUUCCUAACUGCCAGCAUCAUUAUUCAGUAUCACGACAAAGCGGGGAAAAUUCUGGAUACGGCCAGCCUCAGGGAGCACAAUUGUUGGUUUCUGGAUAAGAACAGCUUCAUCUUCGGUCUGUUGGUUCCAGUCGUGGUGAUGGUGGUGUUCAUCUUCUCGUACAUCAUCCGUUCCGCAGUGGUGGCCCGUUACGUGAUCAGUAUGCAAGUGGACAAGCGGAUACGUGAUAAGAUGCGAAGGAAACGCACCCUGCAGAUCGUCCUAUUUACGAAGAUAAACAUUUUACUGCUGACUGUGAUGGUGCUAGGUGCUUUGACGAAACUAAUAAAAUCGGAUACGCUAUGGAUCGCGUAUCACGUGGGCCAAGGGCUUCAGGGCAUAUUCAUCGCGAUGCUCGUCACAUGCAAUUGCCAAGUCCUGAAACUGUACAGCAAGACCAUCAAAACCAAACGGAGCAAGUACAUUCCAUCCUACGGAAAUAUUGCCGCAGAGGCCAGGAACAUCAUCAACAGAGGAUCAUCAGUUACAAAGUCGACCAGCCUCCAAUUACUCGCAUGGGAACCGUGUCCGGAUCCUGUUUAAAUAUCUCCAACGUUAUUAUUUGCAUUAAACGAGAAUUCUGAGUUAUCAUAGAUCAAGCUUCAAAUUCGGUAGUCCUGAUUGGAAUUGUUGUUCGGUUCUGGCGUUCGUAGUUCAACGCCAAAUCAUUGCAAGGUGAUAUUAAUUUCGUUACCAUAUCAAAUAUAAUCUAUCGAAUAAAAUGUACAUUUCUAUAUAAGUUAUGCGAAGCAUUUUAUAUCAAUAAAAAC